AUGUAUCAGGAUCUCCGUGAACUGUACUGGUGGCCGAGUUUGAAACAAGAGGUAACGAAUUUCAUUGUUUGUUGCUUGACGUACCAGCAAGUUAAGGCUGAGUACCAGUUGCCUUCAACGGGUCAAUCUAAGAGGGUGACUGAGAUACUAAAAGAUAUGCUUCGGAGCUGUGUGAUUGAUUUUCGAGGUAGUUGGGAGGAUUUUCUGCCGUUCGCUCAGUUCGCCUACAACAAUAGUUGCCAGUCUAGCAUUCGGAUGGCACCUUACGAGGCUCUAUAUGGUCGUAAGUGUCGUACUCUGCUAUUUUGGACUGAGUUGCGUGAGCGAUGGGUUUUGGGUCCUGAGCUAGUUUUCAAGACUGAAGAUAAGGUUAGAUUGAUUCGGGCUCAUCUAAAGGCGGCCUCUGAUAGACAGAAGUCCUCCGUAGAAGAAAGUUUUGUGGUUCGGUCAUAA